UAAUUUAAGAAAAUCAUAUAAUUAUGGUAAGAUUAACUGCACAAUAUAUUGAGAAAAAAUGCUCACAAGAGCAAUUAAAUAAAUCUCUCGGUAAAAAAAAAAAAAAAGAUCAAUUAUAUUUAACUCAUUUACGUAUGAAUAAUAUGUUUAUCAGCAAUAUUGGUAAUUUCGGUAAUUAUAAAAAUCUUAAAGUAAUAUAUUUACAAAACAAUAAUAUUUCGAAGAUAGAAAAUUUACACUAUGCACCUAACUUAACGCAUUUAUACCUACAACAUAAUAUAAUAAGUAAAAUAGAAAAUUUAAAUUAUCUUGAAAAAUUGCAAACACUUUAUUUAGGAUAUAAUAAAAUAUUAGUAGUAGAAGGUCUUGAAAAUUUGAAAAAUUUAACUGUUUUGCAAAUAGAAAAUCAAAAAUUACCUUUUGGAGAAUCAUUAUAUUUUGAUCCACGAAGUAUACUCGCUUUAUCCGUAAGUUUUUUUAUUAUAUAUAUUUAUACACACACAUAUAUAUAUAUAUGUGUAUAUAUAUAUGAACUUUUUCAGACUUGUUUAAAAGUACUUAAUAUUUCUGAUAAUAAAAUAACAUCUCUAAAAAAUAUUAAAGAAUUAUAUAAAUUAGAAAUUCUAGAUGCUACAAAUAAUAUUAUUGAUGAUAUUAAUGAUCUAACGGAGACUAUAAAUAUCUUGAUUUCUUUAAAAGAUCUAUCUCUACAAGGUAAUCCUGUAACAAAAUAUUAUAGAUACAAGGAAAAUCUUAUUGCAAAUAAUGAUACAAUAAAAACUCUUGAUGGAAAAACGGUGACAGAUGUAUGUAGAUGUUUUAUGAAAAGAUUUAAGAUGAAAAAACAUUUUUAUCAUACUAAAAAAUUAUUAAAUACUGCAGAUGAAGACAUUACAAGUUCAUUAAAUUUACCACCUGCAUUGAAAGCAUCAAUAUCCAGAGCAAUAUUUCAACAUCCUGAUUCAAAAUUGUCUACAAUUACAUCUGUAAUUAAUAAAACACAAUCAUAUAUAUAUCCAUCAUGGAAAAUUGGUGCAAAUAUUAUAAAAAAUGGUCGUAUUACUCCAAAACCAUUUUGGAAUACGAUUAAAAUUAAAAAAACCAAAAAAUCUAAUCAUGUACAACCAAUAUUAAACACUGAAAUUAUUAAAUUACCACCUAUUUAAAUAAUUUA